AUGGAGUUCGAUCAGGGAUCGAGGCUUGCGCGCGUAGUGGCCGAAGGCAGAGCCACAACAGACGGCUCGAGGUCGAAACGGGGAAGGCCGGAGCGACGACGACUGCAAGCUCCCGGGGAGGCGGAGGUGUUGGCUCGUGACGCAGGAGGUGGAAAGGAAGCAGGGGAGACAGCGAAGCAACGAAAAGACGCCGAGCCCAAGCGCGGAGUAGGAUGGUUCUGCUGGAGGUUUGAUCGAGAGGGUGAGGGGUGUCAAGAGAACCAACUGCGGAGCAGGAAAGCGAGCGAGAAUGACGACCUGACGCUAAAAAGGGUAGUUAAAGUCGAUCGGGGGGGUGAUGAUGUGGGAGAGUGGAUGAGAGCGCGGAUCUCGAGUGUGAGAUAA